UCAAUCUACUCAUUGUAUAUUUUUGCUGGUAAUAUUUAUGAUAACGCGCACAAUUUAUCAAAACGAUGCAAAAAUAAUAUCACUUCAUUCGUGUGAGAAAUGCUGGCGCUACUCUCAAUUAUUUCUUACUUGUUUUGUUUAUGAAAUUAUUUUCUUGAUCUUUUCCUUUUAUUUACGGCGUUUUGGCGUCUUGUCUGUAUGUUGAUCGAUUUUUCAUACGUCUUACCAGGCGCAUGUAGCGAACAUUGUGGAUGUUUCACCCGUCAGAAGGUCUUAAGGCUGAUUUACACGGCACGAUUGUCUCGUGCGACUUGUAGUAUACGACUUGAAUCGCGCAGUGUAAAUGCCCCUACGACUUGUCUACAACAGUCGCACGCAACCUACGACUAGUAGGUUUUUGAACCACUGCUUAAAAUCCUACGACUUGUAGUAGGAAAAUCGUAUACUACAAGUCGCGCGCGACAAAUCGUACCGUGUAAAUCAGCCUUUAGGGAAACUUUCUAUUAGGCUUAGGGUUAUCCUCGCAGCUUUAAUUACAAUUUUUGCGUCUAACGGAGAAAAAUAUAUAGUUUCCAACCGUGUCGCAAAUAUCACGCGGUACCUGCGAAUAUUAAGACUCACAAACGUUUAUUAAAAUCACGGAAAUGUAACCGUAUAAAUUUAAGCACUUUUAUCAAAAUAUACACAUACCAAAAUCUGUAAUUUGGGUAAAGCAGUUCAAGUGCCAUAUAAAAGAAUCCUGUAAAGCAAUUGCUGUUACACGACAAUUAUGAACUUGACACUGUAAAAAAAACGCUUGGCCAUUGGAAAUUGAGAGAGAGAGAGAGUUGAAUGAGGGGGUGGAACGGGAAAUAAGAAAUGGAACAACAGCAUCUAGUUUAGAUGCGCGGCGGCAGCAAUUUCUUUUUAUAAAUACAGUAUCAACAUCAUUACAAAGAAACAUCGUCACAACUGCGUUAUGUAAAUAGCUGAAUACUCAUUAAAAGAAUAACACUGAAAAUUAUACUAAAAUUCUUAUGCAUUUUUUAAUUUAGAAAUAACUCAAAAAUCGACGAGAACUUGAACUCAUUUUCUAUUAUUUCCAUGCAGUAAUAGACGCAUUUCAGCCUAUCAAACACUGGCCAUACUGAAGUGUUUUGAAAUGAUAAUUCCUCAUAAUCCUUUGUUUGUACUCGUAAUAAACGUUAGAGCAAAGAAGAAAAGCUAUCAAUCCAAAGAGACUUGUCCAGUUAACAAAAUCAACUUCCUUUCUACAUUUACCAGAUAAAACAAUUUGUAAAACUCACCGAAAAAAGCUGAACUGGAGCCACCACUGAUUUCUAUAAAAUUGAGUUCAGAAUGUCAGAUAAGAUGAAUUUUUUUUCUAGACUUCGAAUUACUAAAUUUCCAAAUUUCCCUUCAGCCACACGUUUUCUCGCAAAUCUAUGAGAUUCGAAAUAUGGUUGGGUAGUCAUUCACAAAUAAGUAAAUGAAAUGCAACCACUGGGAUUUGUCAAUAAUCUAAUCUUUUAAUUCCACCAAUUUAAUUCAAAUUAACUCGUAUUUGAAACUCUGCAUUUAGAUUGGUGCAUGGGCCUUUCCAGAAUACUAUUUUUUUAAGGAGAGUAUUGAAUGGGAAUGAGUCUUGGACCGUUUUUUAGCGUCUGGAUUACUAUGUUUUCAGUACUGAAAACGUAGUGAACCGCGCUGAAGAUUCUCAUGUAGUUUAGCCUGACAUGCGCUGUAGUUGGUUAAAACAUUGGAUAUAGAAUGCUGUUCUUGUUGUGUUAAAUGCAGCUUCGCCGGCAUUACGAUUUGACUAACCUUUAACUGAAUAACGUUGAUCGACAUGACCCGUACGCACACAAUGUAAUCUGAUCAUAGUAAAACAUGAUAACGUUUUCAAACACUUGCUUUAUACGUUCACGUGUCGACGGGCCUGAGUGAGAUGUCGAAAUAGAUGUGUAGAGAUCAUCAAACAACGGUCCCUUAGAAUUCUCUUGGAAUACACGAACAGAAGAUUAAAAAUUAGAAAGGACGAAAAUAUCAUGGAAAAUCCAGCUUUUGCAAUUGACACUCCACAAGUUGUCCGGCGUAUCACUGACGAUAUCAAUGGGAAGGAAGAGCAAGCAAAGAUGGGCGAUUUUACAAUUGAAUCCACUGGUAAAUCSCCAUCUUCUUUAAAACCAGAACUUGGGAUAGUUAGUGGAAUAUCUUUAAUCGUUGGUACAAUGAUAGGGAGUGGAAUCUUUGCUUCUGCURGUGGAGUAUUUUCGCUCUCUAACUCAGCUGGAAUGGGCCUCGUUGUAUGGGGAUUAUGCGGCGCCAUUGCGAUGCUUGGAGCGUUGUGUUACUGCGAACUCGGCACGAUGAUUACCAAGUCUGGAGCAGAGUAUGUCUAUCUCAAAGAAGCUUUCGGAGGACCAGUGGCUUUUCUGUACGCCUAUACGUCUACGAUACUUCUGAAACCUUCACAGUUAGCAAUUGUGGCACUCGCUUUUGGACAGUACACGAUAGAGCCUUUCUUUCCUACAUGUUCGAGCGUUGAUCCCGCACGAAUGGAUUUAAAAAUACUUGUUAAAUUGCUUGCCGCCUUUUGCAUAGGUAUCAUCACAUUCGUAAAUUGCUUCAGUGUUCGAUGGGCAACUCGUAUGCAAAUCAUCUUUACCGUAGCCAAGCUGUUGGCUAUUGGGAUGCUUAUAAUUACUGGAAUAGUGCGUCUAGGACAAGGAUACACUGCAAGUUUCCAAAACUCAUUCGCUGGUACCACAACUAGUAUUGGUAUGAUAGGGUUUGCUUUCUAUAAUGGACUGUGGGCCUACGAUGGUUG